AGAAGAAGAAGCAGCAGCUGCUUAAUGAUGGCUGCGCUCGUGGUAUUGUUAUCUUCUAGAGGACGUUCUAGAGUUAGAGGACGUAGUGACUCUUCCACUAGUAAAAAUAGUGUAGGGGUCGUGUCUCUUCAACAAACUAGCAACUACUGCUCUUUACCAGAUUUGAAUACUUAUAGACCUUGUCCUCUUCGUCACAAUAUUAUUGCUCCGUCAUCCACAUGACCACAGUCAAUGUACAAAUUACCAACCUGCUCCCAGGUACUAACGCCGGCACCGCUUUCUUCUUGAAAAGCGAUGCCCGAGGAGGAGGAAUGGGUUUGAUUUCUGGCGAGCACUACAUGCCCAAAGAUGGGUGCCUCUGGUUGGCUCUUGCUAUCAUCUACGGACAGCUGGCUCAGAUGGGUCUGCCGCUCUCUGAUUUAUGUACUUAUACCCUGAGCCUGUAUGAAGAGGUUAACUAAGCAAUUUCCAUAAAAGUAAAAAAUAGAACUAUAGCCCGAACCCUAGCUACUUUAAUUAGCUAGUUAACAAGCGUCUGAGGCAGCCCUGCUGGCAGCCUCCACCUCCAGCGCGAUCUCGGAGCCCUGCAGCUGGCGACUGUGGGCUAGCCACAAGGGAGACGCUGGCCUGCGGGUGCAGCUGAAAAGGAGCUGCUCUACCCUGGAAAAAGGGCUCGCUUUCGCCUGACCUCGUGUCGGAACGCUUCGCAGGCCGAUCGGAGGGUCGCCAAGAGGACAUCCUUCUUCUACUCUAGUACUACAAAAAUCAAAAAUUUGCGAUACUCCUGUUCUGUGAUUGAGAGGGCAAGAAUUAGCAUCUGAUCCAGUCUACUGCAGAGGACGAGAGCAAGGAGAUUUCUACUUGAUUGCCUACGAGUGAGGGCGACAAAUGACGAAGAUCCUGGCGUUGAAUUCGAUGGUUUAGAUCGUGCGAGUACGAGCGUCAUUCGAUUUCGAUCCAGCCAAGCUCGAGGCAAGAACGACUAUGAUGAAAUAGGUGACGAUGGAGGUAGAUCUAACUGCACUCAACAGCAGGACAGCUCGUUCAUAGGGAUUCCUCAACGCCCCAGAUUUUUGACCUCAGACAGAACAUGAAUAGCCCGCCUCAUUUAGGAAGAAAAUGGGGCAUCGCCCCCGAGAUAUUGAGAAGCAAUGCCGGGAACACCUAGAGCAAGUUCUUUCAUCAACUUUUGCAAUUCGCCACAUCUCAGAAAGUGUGGCAGAUUUCGCUCUUCAGCCACUAGAUUUAGAUUUGGGAUCAAAAAAACGCGCCAGCUCCAGCAGGUGGCUACAAAUUCAGGAGAAAGCUACUCUAAACAUGACUCCCGCCUGGUAUCGCAAGCAGCGCCACACGCUAUCUACUCGAAAGAAAGACUUACACGGCAUAGUCCUCCUCGGGUUUUCACCUGAUGACCAGCACAACAAUUUGAAUCACAUGGUGCACAAGGCUCACGACUACGCUGGAGUUGACCUUAGGGGGCCUUCAUACACGAUGCCACGGGAGCGCCUAUGCCUGAAGCUGCUGGAGCUGUACAGAGAAGGCCACGGAGUAGAAGACAACCAGCUCGAUACAGAUGCCGCUUACUCACCGGCAACUCUGCUUGAGAAGCAGAUCCGGCGAUGCUUCGCGGCCGCAAUCCAGGGCAGUGCUCUAAUAUACACGCAAGGAGCGUGGGAAUACGAGUCCUAUGAUGGCACCGUGAGUCUCGCGGAGGCUCCUGCGAUUCACUACCGGCUGCAGGAAAGGACGCUCGUUGAGAGACGACACGCAGGCAAACCGCAAUCCUUGAAGGUGUCCCUCCGCAGGUACAGCCUUACACUUUGCUUCAACUCAUACCAUAGAAAGCUUAGUCCUAAUUACUUUGCUGCUUAUGAAGCGCUGAGAGUUACUCUACUCACAUCGCAAACUUUACCAGGGCCAGCGGCAAGGCCUACCAGAAGCACGACUUUGACUACCUACUUCUACACGCACGACAGAAAGAAGACAAGAAAACAAAAGAAAGCGACCUCCUGCACGGCAGCGCUUUAAUACCUGCUCGCAUUCUUUUCGAGCAAGGUUUUCUAGCAGCACCAGAUGAAAGAAAGUACUACUUUUAGCUUUGCCCGAUGAAGGUCCAUUUUUUCCAUUUGAGGGGGUGUCUUUUCACAAUGGGGCACCUUUUGGGAGCGUGUGAGAAAAGCAGACAACAUCCUACUCAGAUUACUCUCAAAUCCAGACUCUCCGCACAACAUCUCUCAGCUGACUUUUGAACCUCAGGACCGACAACUUCAAAGGCCGGCAGAGUCUCUACUUCUAUCCAAACGCUCCGGGUGUGCAAUACCCUCGAGAGAAGGGCAUACUAGAAGCCUUCUACGUCCCUUUAGGGGCCGACUACUCCACGCGGCUCGCGUCUAUCAUCCGAGAAGAAAGCAUGCUCGUCCCUGCUGCGCAGCAGCCUGCAGCAAGUAGCAGCUCUAGGUCUACCACAAUAGGCCAGCCAUCAACUAGAGCAGACACAGGCGCAGAGUCACACGUAGCACCAGUUGACUUGUCUCAAAACAAAGGAAGCUGCGACCAAAUGCCAGGCGCCAAGCAAUUGAGAAAGUCGAAGAAGUUUAUGGAGAAUCUUGCUUAGUAGAGCGGGAGUCAGUAAUACAGUCGGGGGCGUCUAAUUGUAGUCUUUCGCUCUUGCUCAUCAAUCAUCAAGCUAGAGGGCAAUCGCCCCGCAUUCUUGUGCAACUAAUAUCCAAAACAUCAGGUGCACGAAAUUACUCAAGAGGCAGCAUAUCUAGUCGUGACGAAAGUACUUACUUAAAUAGGUGGGGCCAGAACUGUGGCUCUACUAAACUAUGCACGCGCACCAAUAUAAAUUAGAGAAAUGGAUCAUCUAGGUUGUCGUAGUCUUCCUGGAUCGCAGAUAAGCGUGAUUUUUUCGCAGACGAAGUUACUUUCUUGGUUGAACUGCUUGAGCUCGAGGAAGUGGAUGCUGAUGCUUUUUUACCACUAGGUUUCUUCAUUGCAACGGUCUUAGUUUUUUCCUUGUUCUUGUCUUUAACAACAGAAGUGCUUGAAGAAGACGAGGACGACGGCUGAGGCUUCGUAGCCACCUUCGCUCUCGCAGCAGCUUUGGUCUUGCGGGAGUUCAUAUCGCAAUCGCUUUUCAUCUUCUCCAGAGUAUCCCAGACUUCAUCUGGGAUGGGGAUCUCGACGCACUUAUUCUGGAGCAAGCCGGAGCUGCAUUCAUCAACGCGAUACAGCUGGCAGGACUCCCUUUCGAGCUUCAGUUCUGCGACGGCGUAGGGCACCAGCUGACCCGCCACCUUCGAGCCAACGUCGCCGGUGGAGUCAACUUCCGGCGCCAGCUUGACGAGGACUGGUCUGUAGUCAGCAUUCCAGUGCAGGCGCACCUUAUCUGCACCAGCUCCCUGUCGGGUUCUAUGGGAACGAAACUGCACUACUGGCUUAUUACUGACAACCUUCUGACCCAGCUCCUGGCGGCGAAGUAGAUGAUAGACGAGAUCUGGGCGCUGUCGUCGCAGACCGCUGUCAUGGCCGAUGUUGGGGCGUGGUGCACUGCUCAUCGGAACUCCAGCCUCAGCGGUGUUGCAAAGUGCGCCACGGUUCUUGUGACCCGGGGACAAGGAGAACAAGCCGCCACGUGUGAUCACUUCUCUCUGUGGAGUCGCCAUUUGAUGGACCAGCUGACCAACGUCUUCACCACAGAGUCCACGUUUGUAGUUGCAGAAGAUGUUGAAACGUUCACUCGGUGGAAGUGCUGCUAAGUCCUCAGUGCAAAGGCCAGGAGAGACACGCUGAAGACCUGCCAGCGAUGCCACCUGAAGGCUUUCAGCGGUCGAGAGAUAAAACUGCUCUUGUAUCACACGCGCGGAGACCCACAAGCCAUCCUCCAAGAUGUAGUAGCAGCACUUUUUCACUCGAUCACGCCCGCGCGUGAUCCUGCCAUCGUAGACGUCGCAUAGUGCUCCAAGGCCAACCAUGAACUGGACGUCACUUACUGUAUUUGGCUGGCAGUAGCGCCCGUUCUCUUCAUCCCAGCGGAGCACGUAGCCCAUCACCCAACCUUUUCGGCGGCGGGUCAACUUGAUGGCUCCCUUGUUCAUGCGGAGGAUGACAAUCGGCUUGCUGUGCCAUGAUUUUUCAGCUGCAAGACGCUCGCUGAUCACCUCGAGGAAACGAAUCUCAUCCAGAGACUCCCAUGGUCCUUUCGCAACAGUUACAGCACGACCACCACGAAAGCCAAGUUGUUGCGCACUGUGGCUUACAAAAUCUUCCGCACUACCUGCAACCUGUUCUACAGCUUUCUCCUUGGGAUUAGUUGUCCCUGCAGUCCAACGCCGUGCAGCAGUGUCCUUGAGCUUGUGCAUUACCGUAGUGCUGUAAGCCGACGCACUACCUGCUUGCCCAGCCGCAGUCUCGUUCGCAACGUCGAUGGCAGGACUCAGAUCUUCAUGGUCAAGAUCAUUCUCAGCAAGAGAAUCAAGUGCGGCGUCGUACUCAUCAAUGUGCACAGGACGAGUAGUAUUCUCAGCUUUCCGCAUAUCCUCGGCGCCAGAGAUGUAGCGAGGAUGUCUAUGAGCAGCACGAACUCGCGACAUCUGCUUGCUCCACAUACUGGCAGAGGCGGAGUUUCGAGCUGCUUGCUCUGGUGCAAAUUCUUUCCAUUGUGCCUCCGCCUCCUUCUCGAAGAUCGGCUGCGGCAAGGUGCGCCGCUCAACAUACUCAUCGAGAGCUUCCCAAUCUUCGAGGGAGAUCGCCUUGAGUCCUCUCUUGGCUGUCAACGUCAGCGGAAAGUCGACCAGAUUCUCCAGCUUCAUGCAUUCCGCAGGCGACAGCGACAGUUUCCCCCGCGAGACAGCUUCUAGGAGACCAAACUGGGGGUCGUAAGCGUCGAAAUACGAGUUGUUGAUGAUGUUGCUCAAUACUUGAGUUGAGCAAUCCGCAUGAAGAUCCGAAAGUGAACCAGCAUGCACCACCUCGACAAGUAACACCUUCCAGCUUUCUGCUCUACGUUUUGCGAGCAUGGUCAUGAUCUGCGGCGCCGAGAGAGAAGAAGCAGACGUCACAGAAUCGCCCAGAAACUUCUUUGCUAUUUGGAGAAGCUGCCCAUCUUGAAAUGGUUUCGCGUCUCCGCUGCAUGCUGUUAGCGUCUCCAGUAGAUGAUAGAGGCGGUAGCGAGGUGGAACGAUGUCAGUCACCAGCUGGAAUUUGUCGAGGCUGCACUUCUGGAGGAGAGUAUCAAAAUCGCUGGCGUAUCCAAUCCAGCCAGCAGGAGGAGGCGCCAUCUCGUCUUCACUGUCGACGUCGACGCCCAUCAGUGGCUGCGCUGCACCGUCAGCAGCUGCUAGUGGCGUUUUGUUCUUCUCCUUCGUCUUAAUGACAGCAAAGAUCUGGCGGACGCGAUAGUAGUCCUUUUUCAUCCCUCGGCUGAAUAAAAAUUCGCGAAACCACCGCUGGUUUGUGCCAUGCACAAUAUCGACGCCUGUUAGUGCAAGUGGUUUGGGUGUAUUUUAUGGAUAAAGAGUUGCAGAAGGUCUUAAGGGAGGCAAGAUAUGAGAGACUACACCAAAAUAGUGCGAAUCCCCACUAGGAGUUUUUCACUCAGACUAGAAUAACGACUAGAAUCUAAAAGAAUGCAAAACUUAAUGAAUAAAACGUUCUAAAAAAAACUGCCAAAAAAUGCUAUCAAAAUCAAGCUGCUCCCUCUCAGCUCUCAGCUGGAUUCUAGUCGGUUGAAGCUUCAGAAUGCUUAAAUAAGUAAAAAAAACGACCCCCCUCCUGGAGGCCCCUGAAAAACGUCAAAAGCCCUUUACUUUUUUAGAAAAUAGGACUACACGCCUACUGCGAGAAAGAGAGACUUAACUGCAACCCCCACUAGAAUCUAAUGAGAGAGCGCCUUUCAUAUAAGCUUGGUCACGGGACGAUAAAUCCAUCUGCGACAGCAUCAACCUCUGGGACUCGAAUUCGAGCAGAGGAGGCGCUGGGACUUUCUGCGAGCGCUCUAGUAGUUCCUUUUUUGCACCUUGAAACUUCGCCUGGUUCUCUCUGGACCCUCUCGGGCCCAUAGAGAACCUCCGCCACCCCGCGCAACAGUUUGUUACGCAUAGAAGAAGGCCACGAACAUCGUUACUGAGGCGAUGACCCAUGGGGCUCGCCCACGUUCCCGGGUAGAACUGAUAGAUCGCCUGCAUGGCUCGCAACUCAGACGAGCCCUGAUCGGGUAGCGAGUGCAAUUCCAUGCACGUGUGGACGCCAGCGUCUUCUGUUCCCACACUUUUCCAUGGUUCCAAGUCCACGCCAGCGCACUUCAACGUGUUGGAGCGCCAAACUUGGUCAUGAAUCUGGGCACCGAGCGAGAGCUUCAUGACCUCCUGGUAAGCAACCGCGGAGUACCUGGUCGACUCCCGAGAUUCCCGCUUGACCAGGAAGGACUGCUCCGCAUCCUGCAUCGGCAGCGGGACCCAGUGGGUCUCCUCUUUGGGUCCUUGCCAGCCUUCACGCUCCACGUCCUGCACGAAGAAUAUCUGGCAUGUUUUAGAUUUGAGCUUUUUUCUGUGGCUUCUGGUGAAAAGCCGCGAAGGCCUUGGAUGGAGAGCGAAGAUUUUCAUCAGGGAUGAGAGUAUACUUCACAUAAGAGAUAGACUAUAACUUUACUAGCAUCUUCUUCUACUAGUGCAUCUUUUGAAAAUAUAAAGCGAAAAUAAAAACGCUAAAUUAGGUCUGUGCUGCUCCUCCCCAAGUCUUUCGCUUACGAGUAGUACUGUAGUCGUAGCCCAGCCAGUAAGAAGAGUAGACAUGGCCGGGGUCUCGGCGCAAGUACUGCGCAAGGAUCUCCUGCCUCUGGCCAUCUAAAUACUCUUGAAGGCGUAGCUUUAAAAGCAUCGCGAUCCAAGUGCGUAAGAUGCAGCGCUGGGGGAAAUUUUUGAGAGGGGGGAGUUUAAAGUUAGAAGUGGCACUUUUCACGACAUUUCUUCGUGACGAAGCUAAAGAACCACUACACUCGGUCAACAUCAAAUAACGCCCAUAAUCGAAACACCUGCGAGGUAAGUGCUGCCUUCUUUGCCGCGAUGUUGGGGCUCAGCAUCUUUGUAGUGCGCUCCAUGUACUCCUCCAGUAUCUUGAUCGCCUCUGGGUGAUUCUCGGCGCAGAGGUCCUUGAUAGCACUGUGAAACGGGCAGCCACGAAUAAAAAGCGCAUAUGUUUCAGGCUUCGUCAGUUUGUGGCGCAGGAGAGCAGCGACCUUCGUGGGGGUACUUUUUUUUGGAUGCUUGUGGGUAGUCGUAUCUUCAAAUCUAAAGUUCAUGAACGAGAGCUGCAAGAGAAGCCACCUAAUACGAGCCACCUUCUACUUCUUAAGUAGAAAACGCACCAGGUCCCUGGCUCCACCGUUGAGCUUCGGCUCUGGAAGGAUAGCGCCUUUAUUCUCGAGGUCCUUCUUGAUUUUUUUGCACUGUGCAGCGCCGUUGCUCGAGGGCACCGGUAAAGCCCAUUUGAGCUUAAACGUAGCGGCACCAGUCGAGGAGUCGAUCUGCAGCUUGUGCCAAGGCACAAUUUCACGCCGACGCGUAUUAGAAACGGCAUCGACAGCCACGACGCCGCCUUCUCCAACCGAGUCAGCACUGACGGCACCCAAACUAUCAGGAGCAUCGGAAGGCUGCUCAGGACCGAAGGCGCCGAAGGCGUCGCUCAGAGAAUCGCCGAGCAAGUCGUCCUCCAUCUUUUAUGUGAAACGUAUCUCAAAAGUCAUUAAGUAGUCAGGUUCAAUAUUAGAAUCUUUCUUACUUAGUCUCUCUUUUUUCUCUCUUAGUUUUCGUCUCUCGGUGGUAUUUCUUCUUUUUCUUUCUCAAUUGCUAAAGCGCAUCCAUCGUUCAUUUUUUUCAUCUUCGUUCGUCAUCCUCUUAGUCUUACCCCUCUAAAUCUCCUUCGCUCGGAGCCUCUUCUUCUCUCAGUUUUGAUGUCCUUCAUCUAACAAGAAAACAAGCUCCGCCCGGCAGUCUCCGUAAGGCCGCAGACAAGUCCCAAGCAGAAUCAUGAAGUUCGUCAAAUUGCAGACAGCAAGCCAUCGAUCGCGAAGCUUUCACACCAUGAAAAGCGAUCGGCGUCUUUCUGUCAAACAACAUGGUUGGGGUGGAGCCGGGGUAGGUUUCUUGCUACGCCGCAAGCAGCGCAAAAGUUGGACACAACAUAGACGCCCCGGAGAGCAAAGUGGAGUCCUAGUGUUGAAAAAAUUAUGAUGCGAAUGUAAUAGAGCGUGGAUAUAAUUCAGGCGAUUCUCAAAAUGAGUAGGCUAAUACAGUAGGGGACGGAAAUGCUGAAUAAUUGAAAGCAUGGCAUUACUGAAAAAGAAAAACAAAAGUAAGGAGAUAGCGUCGUAGUUUGUAUUUCUAUGCGUAAGACGUCUAGUGGGUAAAGCUGUAUUUACGUACUGAAUUUUUUCAAUUAGAAACUUACAUACUCAUCAUGGGGGUAGUUCAAACUCUUUUGGCCUCUUCAUGCUGCGCCGUAGUUAAGUUAUUGCGGUGAAUAAAGUAACACAUAGAUGCUGCUACUCUAGUCGUGGUGGCUUCGUCUAUCUCUAUGAGGAUUCAAUAAGUAGGGCCUCAGCCCCGCCCUGUAAGAAUGAGUGUUGUAGUUUCUCAUGCGCCCACCAUCUCUAACCCCCCACCAGCAGCGCCGCGAAGAAGCCGACUCACUUCUUCGUCUUGCGGGCCUUCUUCUUCGGCUGGGCGGCCUUCUCCUCCUUUUCAGCCGGGCGCUUCUUCUCUUCCUUUGGCGCCUCUUCUUCGAAGUCGGAGUCAUUCAUGACCAGAGUCUCAUCUUGCUGGAAGUUGGUCUCGUCCAUGACGACGUCCGGAAUGGGAGCAGCGGCCUGUGGGGCGAGGGCCGGGAGCUGCGAAGUGUUAGGUGGAGAAUGACAUCACGAACUUUAUGGGAGGAAUAGUUUUUGAGUUUUGGAAAGUGUUGUUGUAGCUUGCAGAGUUGUCGACUAGAGGGAGCGAGUAGCUAGAAGCUCACGAUGAUGCUAGAUAAAGCGUCCUAGUUCAAAAGUGAUUUCCGACUCCCUGAAAAGGAGAGAAAGUAAGCACAUCAUGAAGAUCACACCAACGAGCACAGUCAUCAGGAAAGCAAUCUACCUAGUAUCAAAAAGAAGUCUAAUUGUAGUACAGCGGCGGACGAAGAAGACGAACCGGGGAGAGCGAUCGGACCGGCCGGGGGCGGAGCCAUGAGAGCCAACUGACCAGAACCAGAGCCGCCAGAACCUUUCAUACCGAGCAACAUCUGCAACGGGUUCGAAUCGCUAGCAGCUCCCAAGGUCAAGGCUUGCGUGGCAGCCUGGUUGGCGAGAGCCGGCAUGCCAAAGUUGCCACCAGCUUGAGCAGCCUGCAUCUGGUGAUAGGUCUCCAUGAAGCGCUGUCCGGCCAUGAUCAUGUCGAUGGCGCAGGCAGACGGCACACGCGUAUACACAGACUGAAGAGUCUCGGUGGGAUACUCGUUGUUCAACCAUUGGGCGCUGUGGAGCUGGGUCUUUUGGUUCGGCACCUGGACGAGGAGGAGAGGUUUAUUAUGAGAGAGGAAGAAGCGAGAAAGGAGAACUAAAAAAGUUGCUGCGCCUAGUAGAAACAGAACGAAGAAUGAUUUUGAAGAGUAGAUGAAGGACUACAAUGAUCGGCGACGCAAUCGCUAUCCAGCACCAGUUAAGUGCCUAUAUUACUCCAAUCACACUACUAGUCACAAGUUGUUAAACUACUCUAAUGAAGACGAUGCCGGCGAAUGCUCCUCCAUUCCGAGCGCUUGGCGAAUCCACUUGAACUGGGACAGGCUGGUGAUCUUGGCACGGACUUCGGUCAGGCGCUUCUUGGUCAAAGAGGCGAGAAGUUCACAAACUUGGUCGAUAUCCAAGUCGUUGAAAGCUGUUAAUUUUUGGGAUUGGUGAACGAAGGUCAUCAUUGCGAUUGCAAAUUUUAAGGGCAGAAGAUCGCUACAGUCUAACUUGCAUCGAGCCAAGCUGGAAUCAUAAAGCUGAAACUUCUAAAACCACAACGAGCUGCAACAGGCAGCAAGCUAACAACUACACUCAUCAGCACGAAGUAAAAACGUACUAGCUUUUCCCACGUAGGCCUGCUUGCUCAGCUUGAAGAUCGAUUUAAAGCCUCCCUCUUCCGCAAGGAGAUUGACACGAUGUUCUUCUAACAUUUUGAUCUCCAUGAUAGUGGCAGCUAGUCCUUUGCGCUCGUUUUUGGCCCGCAAUUGGCCUUCGAAAUCAUCCGCAGCAACAGCCUUACCACGAGGAGCGGGCAUCUUGUAGCUCUCUUUCUAUUUUGAGAGCAGUAUCGAGCUACUUACUGAACGAGUUGAUGCCUCAGAGUCCUACGGUGUGAGCAGUGAAAUUGAUGGGGAUGAUUCAGCGUGAGAAAGAAGCAAGGAGAUAAGCAACAGCAAGCAGAUAGAGCGACCAGACGAGGGAAGUUGCUUCAUCGUGGAUCAUUUUUCGGCUUUGGAUCAUCGUGUAUCAUCACAGGCUGACACUCAGAGAACAGAGGUUGACUACCACUUCACAAACACCACAAGGAUCGCGAUAGCACAACUUCAACACUCAAGAAGCGCCGACUUUCACAAUCUUCGACACAGCGCGCAGAUAGUCUUCUCCUUUUUACUUCAUCAACAUCAAAAGUAGCCACAACCAUCAAGAAAUUAGUGCAGAUUGCUCCAAUCUAUAGACCUUAACACCAUCGCGCCAAGAUCCCAUGGUUCUGCACGUUCCGACGCGAGGUCAUGCCUCAGAGGGUCCUUUCUCCAGGCUGGAGUAGGUCCUUUUCAGCUGCAUCGGAAGGCCAUUGUCUACUUCGUGGCCGCGCUCCAGGCACCGGCUGCAGGGAUCCAGAACCGCGCCUCCAAGUGGAGGCCGCCUGCAGGGCUGCCUCAGACGCUUGCUAACUAGCUAGUUAAAAUAUCUAGGGUUCGGGCUAUAGUUUUAUUUUUUACUUAUUUGGAAAUUGCUUAGUUAACCUCUUGUUAGCCUGAUCUUGUUCUUUAUCUUGUCGACCCACCCUUACGACUUGCACAACGAGUACGAGACUACGAGUAUUCUUUCUUAGUGUCAGUAUGUUUCCAAAACCACAAUGAGCUAAUGAGCUAACUACGAUUACCACAGUAGACAUUUUUUGAAGUUGCAAAAAUGAGUCUCUUGCUUCAUGUUGAAUGAAAUUGAUAAGAAUUCACGUUCCUACUCCAGGUAUGCCAUCUAUCAUCUUCAUGCUGCCACUUCAGGUAUGACUUUAUUUGCCCUAGUACGCACUGAAGUGGACUGGUUCACCGGAGUACAGUCUUGCUUGAGUUUUCUAUUUUGUUGGUCUUCUCCCAAACCUCGACUGGCCAUCGCGGAUGUUGAUAAGCCGAAACCUCAGCCGCGCCUUGGCCUUGAUAUUGGUAUACUAGUGCCAUUCUGUUCAAUCUUGUUCUUGGUACUGCAACUACCAUGACUGUGGCUUUUGCACGACUAAAAAAACAACUCUCUGCAAAAGUAACUAGGUCGAUCUUCCAAAAACAGACAUCCUGAAUCCACAGACAGACUAUCACUUUGUCUACCCUGCUUACUUUCUUCCAGGUGAAGACUCCGCUAUUAGCAGCAACGCGACCGCUACGGCAGUAAGCGAUCCUGAGCUUCAUGAUCAGAGCGGCUCUGCGUCUGCAUCGGCGACGGCUUUAGUAGAUCACGCGAUGAGCCUCAGCGUUGAGCAGUGUCAGGUCGUGGUGGUCAUGUACGUCUUGGAGCUCUUUUACAUGUUAGUGGAGUGCGAUAGACUGGCAGCCGCUGCUCCUGUUGCUACUGCUAUUAUGGUGUCCUAUAUAACAAGCACCAAGGUAGUUAUAUCACACGCGCGAAGACUUUACACUUAGAGUUAGAAACUCUAUUAGCCCGUAGAGACCUAUUAGGACUCUUAAUUUAAGACCAACGCACAUCACCACAUAAAUGUUUGAAAGUAAGAGUCAACUGCACAUCAGACGCUAUUCGUUUCUAUUUCCACUUCUCUAAGCCUAAAAAAAGCAGCGAACCACUCGGCGCGGAAAUCCAGGCGACAACAAAAGGAAGUAGGCGCAAAGCGCGACUUGGAGUUCUGUCGAAGAAGCCGGAGUCGAAAAAGCAGUGUGGCAAGCUGCUCAAGACAUCAAAUCGAUUUUCUUCGCUUCCCGUAUAUGAGUGGAAUCCUAGCACAACAAGCACCAUGGGCCGCCGCAAGGAUACGAAGCGGACCCCUCUAGUAGACACAUCAAAAAACUAUCCAGCAGACAAAUCAUCAGAAAAGAAGGCCACGCUUGUAACCCCCAAGAGCAGCACUGCAGAUGAGGCCACCCUGCGCUUCAUCCAGGGACGAAAGCGGACAGCCCCACGACCUCGGCUAUCUGAUUUGUGUGCCAUUCUGAGAAAAUGCCGGCGCGGAGAGCUGCUCCCUGGCUUUUCCUUAGCAGCCAUGGCAGUGGCGUGCGCGUCUUUCUUCGUGUUGGCGGUGUGGAUGAUGGCUGGCCACGACGUUGGCCUACAAGCAGAACAGGUUCUGCCAUCAGCAUCGUCAAAGCGCAGCAGUCUGGUAGUCUCGUCUGUAGACCGUGCGGGAUUUGGGCUCGUCGCUGGCACCUUGUUGCUGCUAUACUGCCGCCGUGGGAUGUUAGUUUUGCUCUUGCGCAGACUCUUGCCCUGUCUCCGAAGUGCGCUCUUUCGCCUACUCGAUGCUGCCAGGCUGACUGGCUCGGCGGUGACCGCCCUGCUUUGGACGAGUAGCGCUGCGGCGUGGGGGAAUUUGCGUCAUGGCUACCGCAAGAUGCGCAAAUGGAACGUCGCAACCCCUGCGACAACGCGUUCGGCUGCGAUCGUGGCAAGUGCUUCGAAAGGUGUGAAGCGUGACUUAUGGUAGGUUGGAGUAUCCAGUUCCAAACUAAUUUUUUUCUAUCCGUGUGCUCUAGAACGAAGCCACGGCUACUGGAGUUCUAUGCACUUCUGGGAAAUCACUCAGCGCCCAAGGAUGGCCACGAACUAUUCGCCUCUAAGUCGAGGCGGCGCGCCAAACGUGGAUAGAGCGUUUGGGCGCGUAUGGGGGCGGCGCAUUGCCGCUGCCGUCGCUGUUGGUGGAUCUUGGCGUUUGUCGUUGUGUGCCAGGUCCCUGAAUGAACCACAAGAGGGAGAUGUAAAAAGCGCGACCGAUUUAGCAAACUCUGACGUGGACACGUCCGAGGUUUAUUGGGCAAGCCUCAAACACCCUGGUGGAGCUCGAUUACGCGACACAGAGGCCCGCUGUCAAUACCUCACAGCGCACGUACAGGGCCAGGCGCAGUUCGUGAGUGACCGCGGGGACGUGCUGACACAAGGGGCGAAGCCAGCAGAGAAACUCCUUCAAGCCAUGGAGUUCGACGACAACGACUGGCGCGCGUAUGAGAGUUGUAUCGCCACAGCUUUAAAAGCGCGCCCCAAGAAAGAUCCAGCAAAUAACUUCUUCGGUGGGGCUGUUAGACGCGCAGACAGUGUAGCCGUCCCAGUCCGAGGUAAAGAAGGAGAGGGGGGGACAGCUGCUGUUCUCAUAACGCGCAAGACUUUCCGAAUCGUAAUCGACAAUGCAGGCGCGCUUGAGUCCCCAGGGGCUGUCAGUAAUCUCCUCAACGCGAAUGCCAGGGCCACGACAAGCGGAAGCAGAGACCUCCGGCACACACUGCAAGCGGCCUGUGUGGCCCUCGACGUCGCGGGCAGCCCAUGUUGCGCUGAAACGUACUUCGUAUGGGUCCGAUGGCAUUUCCAGUACGAUGUGCGCUCAGAUGAGGUUCGAGGACGAAGCUGGACGGAAGUUGUUGUCGACAUUUUUCAUGUACGGCAUCGGCCUACAGGGACGUUCGUCAACUAUGCGCUUGGUGAGCCAUUAUGAGUGAACAGCUUCUAAAAGUGACCUGGGAAAUCGCUUUAACGACUUUGCGCGCGUUCGCGCAAAAAGCUAGGGCUCUUAUUUCCUGAGUCAUUUUUGGAAGCAAGGCGCCCACUCAUACGAGCCGUUCAACACAGGGCGACCGCAGUUCGAGAACAACAUACGACUGAGGGCUGGGGAGUUGUUUGCUGUACGGGUGCAGCAACUUCACGAUGCCGGAUAUGCACACCUCAAUUUGAAGCCCGGCAGCAUCCUGCUUAUUGGUGAUCUUAUGGCUGGAGACAACUACUUAAGUACUCGUCUCUGAGUCUCAGUGCAUCUCGUCUGAUGCAUAAAUAUAUAAGAAUAAGACUCACUUAGUUAGUUACCCUUUUUUGAGUACCGUCAAAGAUGGAGAUGAAGGAUCAUCUCUACUGGACAGCUCUAAUAGCCCAUCGUGGGACGCUUGGUGGGACGUAAAGCUGUUCGGCUUCGACUUUGCGCUUCCAGUCAGCAUGGCACUUAUGAACGAACACUGUUCCGAAGUCAGAACCUGCAGGCUCGCUGAAAAGUGCUAACAUUUUUUAAGGCAAGGCCAGUGCGGUAAUGCUGGCUCUUGGCACUUUGAGCCCGGAACAAUACUCGGCACGUUGGCACCCUUUCGGCAGCAUCUGACAAUGGCGACCGUGGGUAAUGGUCGUCACGCUAGCACGUUUUAGUGAGCUUGCAGGCUCUGACUUCGGAGCGGUGUGCGUUCAUAGUCGCGCGCCUCUCUUCCGGCUCUUUCUUUGUUGCCGGAACGUUUGGCUAUCACGAUCCGCGCCUCAGCGAGAUUCUUGCUGUCAGUCGUGAGGGAGUCCCGAGCGCCGGCCACAAAAUUAUGAGUCACCUUAAGCUUGAGCAUAAAGACCACCCUACGAGUACGAGCACUAGGGCCAACAACGUAACGGCGCACGGGCAUCACGAUCAAGGGCAUAAGAGUAGCAAGAAGAGCAAAAAUGCGACAGCAAUACCAAGGCCGUCAACAUCACCAGCAUGAAGGUCAUCAAGGUCAAACUCGUAAGGCUCUUGAGCUCUUUAGCCUGUGCAGGGGCUGAGCAGUUAGACGGUGGAAAUAGAUGGUCGCGAUCUAGUUAGCUUAACCAGAUGGGGGGCUCGUUUUUAUCUUGUUCUUGUGCAGACUAGCAGUAGGCAAAGGACGGGGGUGGCAUCGCGGAGGAUUGUGAAGGACAUCGUCCAAAACUGUAGCCACUCGGCUACAUUAUAAGGAUUUUCUAAGUUUGGUUCUGUCCCGGCCGCAUCCGCAACGACCGGCGGAAUACUGCAGGCACGGCAUUGCGAUACGUUUAUGGUUGGCACAGCGCGGAUUUUCUUUCUGCGCGGAGAAGUUUACAUCCGGUCUCGGUAUCUUACUACGAUACAAGAACUAACGGAAUCAGCGAGCAAACCGGAAAGCGACGGCGGCGUGAAUGUUGAAAGCAUGUGGAAACAGGCGGAAAUACAUACAGGGGAGAAUCCAGAUACCCUCAUACCCAAGACUUCGCCUCUCUAUGAUCUGGAUCAAUAUAAACUCAGAACCGGUAGACUUCUUCUGCGGUGGGAACCAGAUGACCGCAAAUUGGCGGAGCUCGUGAAACAAGAUAAGCAAGCGGCGUUGAGAAGACUUUUAGUAGGUGAGACUCUGACUCAGGGCCAGGAUCAGUCGUGGAAAAGAGUAGGCCUCUCGUCAGUUGAGGCUGAACAGGUCGGCACUUGCCUAAUAGAUGGCCCCGGCUUUCGCGCGCAACAGCUGGAAAUAUUGGCCGUCGAUACUAGUACUUCUACUUCGCCAUCCGUCAGCGCCCUCUUUGAUCGUGUACAACAGGCGGCGAAACAAACAGAGCCAGACCAGUGGGGGUGCUUUGGUGGCCAGAUCUUCAAUGUUCUUCAUGUAGAAGACUCCUCGACUGUGUUUCGCUUUCCGGGUGUAGUGGCACAAGAAGGAGGUGCUAGAAGUCGCGCCUCUGUCUUAUUGAAGCACAUAGAAAUCUUGCCGCCGGCUCCAGCUAGCACAGCAGGGCUCGAGGGUUUUAUGACUAACUUGGCCGAGGUGAUGGAAAAUCCGUCAGACGCCGGCGUCUGGAGUCGGAUGAAGAUACCAGAGCCAGCGAAAAAUGCUCUGCGAGCGGCUCUCCAAGAUACGUGCCAGCUUCUUCGUGAUUCAUGCUGGGGCAACACCCGCAGCGCGUGGCUGAAAGUCUCUGAUGUAGUAGGGGCCCAUCUGCUCAUCUUGUUCGCGCAGGAAUUAGCGCCAGAGGAUUCAGAGGCCCCACUUCCCACUGCCUGUGGGCUAUCCACGCUAUGAAUCAUACUACGCAUCAACAUACAGAUCAACUUGCCAGCACUUACAUCAACAGCGUGAAGACCCGCGAGCAUUAUGAUCAAGGGAACAACAGGAGCAAGAGGACCAUGGCGACAGAAGCGCCAAGACCAUUAGCAGCACCACCUCCAUCGGCAUCAAGGUCAUCAGGGUCAAAGUCUACUUAAGGCCUUCGGCGUGUAAAGUAAGGGACUUCAGAGAGAAUGAAUGUUGCGGCCAGGAGAGCGCCAGGCCUAGAAUGGCCUUGCGGUAGCUCAUUGGCCAAGGUUCUGGAUGACGUCCUUCGCCGUCGUCCGCGAUUUCUCCCCUGUCUUGUGACUGGUGCCAAUAUGCCCGGGCCCAGGGCAAAGAUGAGAGGAGAAAUUAGGCGGCUGCUGUAUCUGUUGUUGCUAUUUUAUGGAUAUCUCUCCCCCGGCUAUAUGUCGUCCAUCCAACUGGGCAAACUCACUAGUUCGCGCUCUUCCACUCUCUCUCAUCAUCUGAGUGAUUUUCUUUUUCACACGCUGAAGAGGAAGGCCUUAAGUUAAGACUUUGGCCCUGCUGCUCAUGAUGACGGUGCUGUUGCUGAUGGUCUUAGUGCUGCUGUCGCGAUGGUCUUCUUGCUCUCGUUGUUUCCUUGGUUGGUCAUGGUGCUCGGGGGUCUUUACGUUGUUGGCUUUUGUGCUGGUAAUUUACGUUUUCUGUUGAUGCGUAGUAUGAUUCAUAGUUUGUGGCUCAGGAGACACCGGAAGCGACUGAAGUAAAAGUCCCACUUCCCAGGUUUGCUCAGACGAGACCAACCCCAAGGCCGCCGGCGCCGCCGAAGGCUGCCUUAAUCGAGACCAACCCCAAGGACGAAGAUGGCGGUCCUCAUAUGCCCAGCGCCAACUAUGCCCCGUCCCUGUUGGACGUUUCUUUCCUCGGCGAUGUUAUUCUUGUUCAUGACAACUCCUUCUUAGAGACGUCGCUGACGGAUGUUGUGGAGGACCCCUUUGACGAAGUAGAUCAACCGCAUGUGCAAGAACCGUCUAGACUUUCACAAAGCGGGUCUUCAUUCGUAUCAUCGUCUUCAUCAAAAGGAACAAGAACUGAUCCAGUCGCGUCCUCAUCUUCAUCUUCCACUACAGGAGAGGACACAGCGUCCUCCGCCACAUCUUCAGACUACAGAGCAAGAUCUUCAACAGCAUCUACUUUGAGAGUAGUAUCAAAGCAUGUGCAUGACGAUGACGGAGGUGAGGAGGAGGACGCGACGUACCUGUCGCAGUGAUUGAGUUGGACAGAAAAGUAAAACUU